AUGUCAAAAGUCAUUUGUCGUUUAGAAGGAGAGAGCUCAUCUCUCAGCUCAUCAAACAUUGAAAAACUUCUUCUAAUACUUGAAGAAAAUACAUCUUUUGAUAGUCUUGUGAAAGAUAUCAAAAACAAAGCCAAGAAUUUAAACUUUACAGACAAUGUGUGCAACGAUUUCCGAAUCAAGUAUUUCGACGAAACUGCUGAAGAAGAAGUUUGUAUUUCCUCUGAUCAAGACGUUAGGGUGUUUUUGGAUCAAAUUAAAAACCCAAACACAAAGAAAGAAAACAAGGUACUCUCAUUCAAAAUUCUUUCCCCAUCCAACAACAGCAAAAGGGCAUCAAGCAAUCAUGCGUCUGAAGGUGUUAUUACUGCAGCGAACAGGACCGGUACAAAGGACUCCAAUUUUCCUCGCUCUUCCUUCGGUAUCCAAACAAUACAGCCACCACAGGACAACCAUGAUAGCGUUCCAACUUCUCGAAAAGACCUCAACAGUUCAAGACCUGGUGAUAAAGUUGAAGAAUAUCUCAAUAAGAGGUAUUCAUCCAUUCAAUUCAUUGGAUCUGGUGGUUUCGGAUCGGUAUACUCAGUUACAAGCAAAGAGAGCAAUUCACGAAGAGCGAUCAAGCUGAUGAAAAUUGAAGAUUUUGAAGUUGCCAACACAGCCAUGAAAGAAUUCCAGAAAAUGAUUGAAUUGAAACAUGAAAAUAUUGUAGCAACAUUUGAUUCAUUUUUUGCGGGAAGUCUUUCAACAAUUGGUAUUGAAAUGGAAUUGAUGAAGGGAAGUUUGUUUGAUUUAUUCAUCAAAAAACAACAGAUUCUUCCAGAAAAGAUGAUUCUUGAUACUCUCUUGCAAACUUGUCUUGCUUUGGAAUGCUUGCAAACGAAGAAAAUCAUUCACAGAGACAUCAAGCCUCACAAUAUACUUGUGAGAAGUUUUGAUUUGACGAAACAAGAAAUUUCAAUUGGGCUUGCAGAUUUUGGAAUGGCUCGAUCCAUGGACACAGUACACAAAACAGGUGUUGGAGGUACUGUUCUGUAUUUUUCUCCUGAAAUUCAACAGGCGUUUGGAUUAGAGUCUAAAAAGCCUUCAUUUUCGUAUUCGAGCGACAUGUUUGCAUUGGGAGUUACCAUUUACCAGCUGAUUUCUUUUGAUCUAGUUACUUCGUGGGCAACCUUAGUCAUGCACUCUAAUAAUGAUGCAAUUCGUCAAUUCAUUACUUCACAUAUGAAGGCAAAUUACUCGGACUUCCUUGUACAAUUAAUCAUGUCCAUGAUUCGAUUGGAAAGCACUGACAGAAUUAGUGUGUCACAAUUAUUAGGAAAACUAUCAAAGAAACCACCAUCAAAACUACCAUCUAAACGAAAGGCAACACAUGUUGUCUCUUAUCAACAAUCUGCUCAGCUCGAGUCUAAUCUUGGAAAGACUUACUUGGAUCAAAAGAAUUAUGCCAAAGCUUAUGAAUAUUUCGCACGUGAUGCUAAAAAAGGAAACGUUGAUAGUGAAUUUUAUCUUGGAUUUUUGUUUGAAAAGGGUUUGGGAGUAAAACAAGAUGCACAGUUAGCGUUACAAUGGUAUGAAAGAGCAGCCAAUCAUGGUCACAUUGAAGCUCAAUACGUUGUUGGAACUCUUUAUGAAGACAAUGGAGAAGAUGAAAAAGCGAGCGUGUGGUACAAAAAAGCUUCCAUUGGAGGUCAUGCAUCAGCUCAAAAUUGUUUGGGAUACAUGUAUGAAUUGGGGUAUGGAGUUCUUCAAGAUUAUGAUAUUGCUUUUGCAUGGUAUUUAAAAGCAGCAAAUCAAAACAAUGUCGAUGCACAAUAUAAUCUGGCAAGGUUAUAUGAAGCGGGAUUGGGAGUAGAUCCGAAUGCAUCACUGGCCUUCAGUUGGUACCAGAAAGCAGCUGAGAAGGGUGAUGUACAAGCUCAGUAUCGAGUAGGAUUCAUGUACGAAAAAGGAAAAGGUGUGAAAAUGAAUUACGAUAAGGCACUCGAAAUCUAUACACAGCUCGCUUCACAAGGAGUUCCAGAAGCUGAGAAUCGUCUUGGAUUCAUGAACGAAAAGGGCCUUGGAGGUUUACCUCUAAACUAUGUUGUGGCUAGUGAAUGGUAUCAAAAAGCGGCUUCCAAAGGAAAUGCCAAUGCACAAUUUAAUCUUGGAUACAUGUACGAGAAAGGGUAUGGUGUAUGGCAAAGUUAUGACCAAGCCAUUCUAUGGUAUACGGAAGCAGCAAAACAAGGACAUUUGGAUGCUCAAUAUUAUCUGGGUGAAAUGUAUGAGAAAGGAAUUGGUGUUGACAUUGAUUACAUAGAAGCCGUGAAGUGGUACAAAGCAUGUGCAUUGCAAGGAGAUGCAGAAGCACAGCUUUGCCUUUGUGACAUGUACUACAAAGGAUUAGGCGUGGAAAAAAACGAAACUACUGCCUUUUAUUGGUGUAUGAAAUCUGCUGGGAAAGGAAAUGCCCAAGCUCAAAACUUUCUUGGUUACAUGUAUGACCAUGGAAUAGGAACGCAAGAGGAUCAAUAUCAAGCUUUUGAAUGGUAUCAGAAAUCGGCAAAACAAGGAAAUACGUCAGCACUUAUUAAUUUAGGAUACAUGUAUCAUUAUGGCCACGGUGUUACUCAGAGUUAUGAAAAAGCUUUUGAUUUGUAUUCGAAAGCAGCAAAUAAGGGAGAUGAUAUUGCCUUAUUUAAUAUUGGAGUCAUGUAUGAGAAUGGAGAAGGAGUUGAACAAAACUCACUGAUAGCACGAGAAUGGUAUGAAAAGUCUGCCAAUAAGGGAAAUGCAGAUGCAAAGGCAAAAUUAUUGAAUUUCUCAACAAUCAUAACCAUAACUCCAGAAGAAUCCGAAAUCACAACUCCAGCCAAGACCAAAAAAUCAAAGUUCAGUUUGCGAUCCUUGUUUCACAGAAGGAGCAAUCUUGCAGAAUAA